GUAAGCCGCAGGUUUGCGUCCCGAAAAAUGGCAAUCAAUCAAAAUCCCGUGGACGGUUUGUUUGUUGAGUAAACAUUAGGACGACGGAUUCUAAAUUUGCAGUGUGAGAUACGUGGAUAAGUGCCUACGUAGGAACCGGGAGCCAAAAAAGAUCGAUCCACGAGAAGUAAUGGCAAAAAGUCGUGAAAUUAUCCAACUACACGUGGGACAAGCCGGCGUACAGAUUGCGAGUGCGUGUUGGGAGUUGUACUGCUUGGAACAUGGCAUCUACCCGGACGGGCGAUUCUGCGACUGCACGAUUUACGACGAUUGUAGUGCUUUUUUCAGCUGUGACAAAAAGGGCCGCUGCGUUCCCAGAGUUGUGAUGGCAGACUUAGAGCCCUCGGUGAUUGAUGAAAUCCGAAUUGGUGCCUACCGGCAUCUGUUCCACCCGAGCACGCUGAUCACCGGCAAGGAAGACGCGUCGAGUAAUUUUGCCCGGGGCCAUUUCACGCUGGGGCGAAUGAUGAUCGAAGGCGUAAUGGAGCGGAUCAGGAAGGUUGCGGAAGGGUGCUCAACUGUACAGGGUUUCAUGAUCUUUCACAGCCUGGGUGGUGGGACGGGAAGUGGCUUUGGAACGCUAGCAUUGGAAAAGCUGUUUGACGACUAUGGCAAAACAACGAAAAUAGAAUUCAACAUCUUCCCUUCGCCUAGGAUCUCGCCGGUAAUUGUAGAGCCGUACAACGCAGUUCUUUCCACGCAUGUAGGGAUGGAUUAUAGCGAUUGCGCGUUUUUGCUCGAUAAUGAAGCAAUCUAUGACGUAUGUGAUAGAAGUUUGAACGUUCGCGAGCCUACCUAUACGAAUUUGAACAGACUAAUUGCCCAAAUUGUUUCGUGUAUCACGUCAUCGCUUCGAUUUACUGGAGCCAUCAAUGUAGAUCUACUAGAAUUCCAAACCAAUCUGGUCCCCUUCCCUAGGAUCCAUUACCCACUGGUUACCUACUCGCCGCUCAUCCCCUUCCGAAACGCCAAACAUGAACAAUUAACUACAUCACAAAUUACAUCGGAAUGUUUCGAGCCAUCCAAUCAGUUGGUCAAAUGUGAUCCCAGAAUCGGAAAAUACAUGUCCUGUUGUAUGCUGUACCGAGGAGACGUAUCCCCUGUGGACAUCAAUCGCUCGAUCCAGGAAUUGAAAUCCAAGAGGACCGUUAAUUUUGUCGACUGGUGUCCAACGGGAUUCAAGAUUGGAAUUAACUAUCAGCCCCCGAUAGCCGUGCCGGGAGGAGACUUGGCGAAAGUGGACCGGGCGGUGUGUAUGCUCUCCGGCAAUACGGCGGUCCGAACGGCUUGGGAGCGGAUCGUACGAAAGUUUGAGCAAAUGUUCGAUCGGAAGGCGUUUUUCCACCACUUUGUGGAUGAAGGUCUGGAAGAGAGUGACCUGUGCGACGCCAAAGAAAACUUGUCAACGCUUAUUUGCGACUACGAAGAGGUGGAAAGAUAGCGAUCCUCCGUUCUCUGGAAUGCAUUUUCGCAAAAUUGGCAUCAUUAUUGUAUACUGCCAUUAUGCACUUAUUACAUGCACGUAAAUUUUCCGACAUGAUUUGAUAAAAGUACUUGCCAUACUCUUGUGCAUUUCAGUUAACCGUAUACAUUUCCUCCAGUCAAGAUCAAACAUGAGAAGAUUUCAUUGUUUGCUGGCCGUUCUUUUCCUGGCGAUUCCCGCUAUUCGAUGCUACUGUACGAAGAACAUUGUCGUAGAUCUUACGGAUAGCUGCACCUACGAUCCGUUGAUGGCUAUGUCCAAGCAAUCCGGGUGGAUGUUGUCCCGUGAUAACUGUGCCGUAACAAUAACUGCCGAUGUAUUCGACAUACCGCCGGUGCUGUAUUUUGAUUUUACCGAUCCGGACAAAAAAUAUACCCUGUUUAUGGUUGAUCUCGAUGGAGCAAGCAAGGAGGGACUGGUGUUUGUGCAUUGGUUUAUGGCAAACAUUCCGGCAAUCGCUCUGGCCGAAGGCUUGACCUAUGUGGAUGGCGAUACUAUUCUGGAUUAUUUAGCACCAACUUCGGGACCCUACGAGCACCGGUAUGGGCUUUACCUGUUCGAGCAGAUUGGAGGCAACAGCUUUCCUCCGAUGCCCCUCACUCGGGAAGAGUUCGAUUUGGUCGACUGGAUCAAUUUGAUUUACCCCGAGGGUGCACUUUGCGGUCCGGUCGGUUCGAUUGGAUUUAACUUGUAGUUUAUCGAAGGUGUGAGUGUCCAAUACUGUAUGUAGCUUUCAUCGGAUGGUUGACGCACAUCGAAGGAUAGAAGGAACAACCGGAAUUUCUGGGUGCAAUUUAUUGUCAACGCCGAAUGGAAAUGUAACGACAGAUAAGAACCGGGAUCCGGCGUAGUAAGUACAGCCAACGGCAGCAGCAUAUCUCGGGAGUGCGGAAAUUUAUAUAGACAUCACGUGAAUAACUUAGAAGCGGUCAAUAAAUGUCGUUGAGAACCAGGAAAAA